GGCCCUGGACCUGACUGUCUCAUUCUGGAGGCUUCCAGACAGCCACGGUUAGUGCCCAAACCUGAGAGGAUGUCUUCAGAUGGAGCGUCUCCAUUGCCAGGACCGGACAUGACCAUGAAACCUGGCUCUGCCCCGUCUCCUUACGCUGCACUUCCCUUCCCCCAACCUGCUCCUGGCCCACCAGAUCAACCACCCUGGGAGCCGCCCUCACCGCCCCCGAUGCCUUCAGAAUUCUCUCCAGGCAACCCUCUGGUGCUCUCUGCUUUCCCCAGCCCCUUGUUGGUGACAGGGGACGGGGGCCCUGGCCCCAGUGGAGCCGGAGCUGGCAAAGUCAUUGUCAAAGUCAAGACAGAAGGCGGGCCAGCUGAGCCCUCUCAAACUCAGAACUUUAUCCUUACUCAGACCGCCCUCAGUUGGAUUGCCUCAGGCGCUCCCUGCGGGGCCCCCGAGGCUCCUGCCCCUGGAUUCCCGACAGCCUCUAACGUGAAGCCCCUUCUGCCUGCUGAGGCUGUUGGGGUGAGCCAGGAGGGCCUCCCAGGCCUUCCUGCUCAGGCUCUACCACCAGCUGCCCAACUGGCCCCCAUCGUGCCUCCAGAAAAGGCUUGGCCAGGGCCACACAGGGCAACUGGGGAAGGAGGUCCUACGGCCGCCCGAUACAGGCCCUCACUGGGUGACCUCUCCUAUACCUCCAAGGGUGUUUAUGAGAACUUCCGACGCUGGCAACGCUACAAAGCCUUGGCAAGGAGGCACUUACCCCAAAGUCCUGAUGCAGAGGCCCUUUCCUGCUUUCUUAUCCCAGUGCUCCGUUCCCUGGCCCGGCUGAAGCCCGCUAUGACCCUGGAGGAGGGACUGCCGAGGGCUGUGCAGGAAUGGGAGCGUACCAGCAACUUUGACCGCAUGAUCUUUUAUGAGAUGGCAGAAAAGUUCAUGGAGUUUGAAGCCGAGGAGGAGAUGCAGAUUCAAAACACACGGCUGAUGAGUGGGUCCCAGGGCCUGCCUCCUGCAGCCCUUCUGAAACUUGAUCCUCCAGGGCCCCCAGCCCCUGAGGUUUGCCAGCAGCCAGUGUACAUCCCCAAGAAGGCGGCCUCCAAGGCACGGGCCCCCCGCCGGCGGCAGCGCAAAGCCCAGAGGCCUCCGGCUCCUGAGGCACCCAAGGAGAUCCCACCAGAGGCAGUGAAGGAGUACACCGACAUCAUGGAAGGGCUGGUGGGGAGCCACUUGGCCACUGAGGAGUCCGAUGGAAAACAGGAAGAGGAAGAGCAGCAGCAGCAGGAAGAAGGGAUGUAUCCAGACGCAAGUCUCCUGAGCUACAUCGAUGAGCUGUGUUCUCAGGAGGUCUUUGUCUCCAAGGUGGAGGCUGUCAUUCACCCUCAAUUUUUGGCAGAUCUGCUGUCCCCAAAACAACAGAGGGAUCCCUUGGCUUUAAUGGAGGAGCUGGAACAAGAAGAAGAACUCAGUCUUGCCCAGCUGGUCCAGAAGCGACUCCUGGCCUUGGAGGAGGAGGAUGCGGAGGCACCUCCAGGUUGCAGUGGCGCUCAAUCAGACUCAAGUCCUUCCGUUUCUGAUGAGGAUGAAGAUGGGGGUGGGCGGCUUCGGCCCUCACCUGGGCUCCGGGUGGCCGGGGGCACCGUCCACCUUGGGAAGGCUCCUUCUCUGGGAAAGCGGGCAAGAGAAGUGCCUGGUGGGCAGGAGCAGGCCCUCGAUAGCGCGGGGGGGAUGCGCAGAGAUGGGAACAGCCUGCCAUCCCCCAGCGGCUGGGACCUGCAGCUAGAACUUGCAGCUGCACAGGGGACUCCAGGGCCCCUGGGCAUAGAGAGAAGAGGGUCUGGGACGGUUACCAACCAGAUAUUCCCACAUCAGGAUGACCACCUGGGAGGUGCUAGGCCCCCUGGGCACUCCCUUGUGGCUGACAGGACGUCCGAGGCUUUGCCCCUUUGCUGGCAGGAAGGCCCCCAGCUCGAAAUAGGUCCCAGUUUGGAUGUUGGACUUGCAGAGCUGGCUCCUCUGCAAGGACAGCGGUUAGAAAAGCAGGUCCUGGGGCUGCAGACAGGACAACAGAUAGGGGGUGUGGGAGUGGCUCCUCAGGGGACGGCGCCAUUAGCAGUGCCUCAGGAAGGCUCUUCAGGGGUCAUGUGGGGAGAUGACAGAGGUCCUCCCACAGUUCAGAGUUAUGAUCAGAACCCUUCCCCUAGAGCACCUGGGGAUGGGGACAGGGACGGGGCUUCUCUCAGUCCAGUAUUUUGGCUCAGCAAUGAGAUGGAUGCCAUAGGCUUGGAGUUGCCAUUACAGAUUGAGGAGGUCAUAGAGAACUUCCAUGAUGGGGAAUGUGUAACCGAACACCAGGGGGACAGCCAGGCAUUGGGCUCCAGAAGCAACAUUUCUCUGGGUCCUGGAGAAACCACAGCACCUGGGGAUGUGGGAGGCAGUGUAGAUCCCUGUGGAGGCACAGAUGCCACAGUUGCCCUGGAAAAGAGAAACUACUGCAGCUUGUCAGGACCCCUGAGGGCCAAAAGCCCGGCCUUGAGGCCUAAAGAAAACAGAGAACAGAGCCCUGAGACUCUACGGGAUCCCAGUAAUCUGUGGGCUGAAGGUUGCCCCCCGUUGCUAGAAAGCAGAAUUGGUACCUCUACACUGGGGGCUUCUAAAGAAACCCUCCUGCCUGCAAGUCAAGGCAAUAUCCUUAGCCUGGGGACCCAAGAUACCUCCUCCUUCCCUGAUGAGGCAGAGAGCAGAGGCAAGUCCACUUCUCCUCUGUUGGAGGAACAUGUCAACAUACUAGAUAUUAGGGAUGCCUGUGGCCUCCAGCUAGAGGUCAGUGAGGAUACCUGUCCACUAAGUUUUAAUUCUUACAAUCCCCAAGGAGAGGGCAGGGAGGAUACUGAUUUAUCUGAGCCUAAAGACCCUGCUCCCUUACCAGGGGAUCAAGAGUCUUAUGCACCUAGAACCCCCAAAUCAACAUCUCCUCACCAGGGCCUUAGAAGAACUUCCCCUAGAUUGAGAACCAGGGACGCGUUAGUUCUGAGAAAAGCCUCUCCUGUUAGUGAAACAUGCAGCUCAGCAGAUGGGGCCAAAGGCAAGGAGGAGGAGGAGGAGGAAGAGGAGGAGGAGGAGGAAGAUAAGGAACUCUCCAACUUUGCCCAUCUAUUGGCCUCUAAACUUAGCCUGUCACCGAGGGGACCUCCCUUCACUUCUCACCCUGCCUCAGGCCUGCUCUCCUCAGGGGGUCGUGGGACCCAGAGAGCAUCCCACUCCCUCGCUUCUGAGGCAAGAGGCCUCGGUCAGCCUCCGUAUCCUGCUGCCAAGGCUGGGAAGCGAGCUCUAGUUGGAGGUCCAGCCCCUGCUAAAAAGAGGCCCUUCCAGGGAGCUGACCUUGGGGCGCCUGGGGAGAAACCCCUGGCUCUGCGAGUGGUUCGCGCCUCACAGCCUCAUAAAAGGCGGCAUGAUAGUUUCGUCACAGGCAGGAAGAAGAAACGACGUCGUAGCCAGUAG